UCUCUCUUUCUUUCACUUUCUCUUUUUCUCUGCAAAUUUCGAUUUCGAUUUUUCUCCUACUGAUGUGCAAUGCCUGUGGUACUCUCUAUUAUUCCCAAAGGUGUACGAUGUUGGAAAACUCUAACUCAAUUAGGAUGUAGUACCUGUAGCUGAUCAUUGACAAAGAGGAAUACUACUAUACAUGGGAAAGGGUUUGCGCCUUCGAGAUUCUAGUUUUACGAGAGAAAGUAAUCCUCCAGGAUGCUUGUUUGGGAUACUUCAUCAUUUAAAUCACCAUCAUCAUCGGUGGCAUCUAGUCCGAAAACGCCUCCCGAACAUAAGGCAGGGUGGUGGAAAGCAUCUUCCUGCGGCAGGAGAUCUUGGAAGUAAUGCAACUGCUACCGAUUCUGCUAAUACUCCAGAAAAAGUAGACGCCAAAGCGGAUGAUUCCCCUACUGUAGUGAAAACAGCAGGGACACAGCCCAGAAGUUCGAUAAAAUCUCGUUUAAAAGCUUUGAUAACAAAAGAGCUACUAUCUAGAAAAAGGGUCAGACAUCGCCGAAGUUUGUCCUAUCCUACAAGGACACCGCUGGAACAAACUGCUUCUAUUGAUUAUCUAGACCCUGCAAAUGUAGAUCCUUCUCCAAAAAUUCCUUUAAAUGACGAGACUUUGCAGCAUCGUGAGAACAAGUAUUCUUCCGUUGCCAGUUUGUUAGAUCCACCCUUGCCGGGGAAAAGAAAGGAUGUUGUUACCACCAACGACGCAUGUGAGUUGUGUGCUGGUAUGCUCGAUGUGAAUCACUUAAAGCAAUGUGAUACUAACAAGAAUGGGAAGCAACCAAUUACAGACUUCACUCUCCGUCGUACACAAUCACUUUAUUUUAGAGAGAGGACCAAAAAUGCUUCAACUGAAGAGUCAAAGCUAUUUUUGGAUGCUCUUGAUUUACUAAACAUGAGAGAGGAGGUAUUCCUAAAAAUAUUAAAGGACCCUAAUUCUUCGUUAGCGCAUCAGUUACAUGGUACACAGGCAUCCAAAGGCUUAACCAAGUCCGUGUCAUUUCCUUCCCGUUUCUCACUGGGAAAAAUUGUCAGGUCAAGCAAUCAUAAGAGCAGUCAAGACAAUUCAGUAACAUCAACAAAUGUGAAUAGCGAGGAUGAAGUUGCAAAAGGUGUGCCGAUAAGUUCACCUGUUGCCAAACAGAAUCGGCAUCAAAGUAAACUUGUCCUUGAGCGUUUCAAGAACUUGAGGAAGAAAAUAAGACAUAUGCUUAAGGAGAGCAAUAAGGAGAAGCGUCGAAUUGUCAUGGAUGCUGUCCUUCAUAAGGUUCUAAAUGAUCGUAGCUCAUUCAAGGACGUUAAACAAGGAACCAAUUUACCUGAGAAGCCAUCUGCAGAUGGAAAUGACACCAGUCACUACUCUUCUCCAUUUAGCAAGAGCCAAAUGAAAUGCUAUUCAAGAACGUCGUCGCUCAAUGAAUCUUUAGACAGAUAUAAUAGAUUACUUGAAUCCUGCUUCAGUAGGGAAGAAAAACAACACAGCUCUGAAAUGUCAAGUUUCAGAGCAUCAAGAUCACCCUCACCGGCUAGAAGUAGACCCAUUGUCCUGGACAGGAUUCUGUCUUUGCCUGAUCUUAGAAAUUAUCCUUCUUUCCGAAUUGAGGACACUCCCGAAGUCAGUUAUUCAGAAACACUAGAUACAGCUGCAUCGACUGAAUCGAGCAACAGCUUAAAACUGAAGUCCCUGGAUUUUAUUCCUUUAGGUUCAGAAAAGCAAACUAAACAAGAUUCAAGUUCAGACUCCAAGAUUCCUGAAGAUUUUGUUGAUGUCAAUGAGAUUUCCGAUGACUUAUAUGGCUUAAACACAGAGGAAAACUUUUUUCCGGUUGAAUGCAAUAUGGAGGCCACUUCAUCUCCUAAUUCCAAACUAGAUAAUUCAAUUCCUACUCCUUUGCCUGGUAUGAAAUUUCAGGAAGCAGAUACUGUCUCAGAAGAGCUCUCCACAUUUGAAGGUAUAUCAGAAAAUGCAUUAGACACCGAUGAAGAAGGACUAUUGGCCAAUGAACAGAAGAAAAGUCUUUUCCAAGUUCAAGUGGAUGAAAGAAAUAAAGCUGAAUUCAAUUAUGUAAAAGAUGUGUUGGAAUUAUCUGGCUUUAGUGGAAAUAUAUUUAUGAUGAACCCUUCUUCAGUGUUAGAGGAAAUGGAAGGAUGUUUGCUUGAUCAACCCGAGAGUUCAGGAUAUGCUGAAUAUGGAAACUGUGAUCAACUUCUUCUGUUUGAUUUAAUCAAUGAGGUCUUAUUACAACUUUAUGAGAGAUCAUCUUUAUACUGGCCAAGGUCUUUAACGACUCGUUCUUAUAUCCAUCCAACACCUGUGGCCUACCAUCUGCUUGAGGAAGUGUGGACGGAUAUAAGCUGGUGUCUCAGCUUCAAGCUGGAGAAUGAUCUAUCACUUGAUGAUGCUAUGAGCCACGAUCUUGCAAAACGCGACAAUUGGAUGAACCUGCAGUUUGAUGCCGAGUGUGUUGGAUUGGAGCUCGAGGAUCUCAUAUUCGAUGAUCUUUUAGAUGAGCUAAUAUUCAUUGAUGUUUAUUAAGGCCAGAUCAGGUACCUUUAAGUACGUGCAAUAUUAGUUCCUGGGUAGGUGUAUUAACAUUUCAGGUCCGCUACUACCAACACCCGGAUCUGCACAAAAAUGUGUAUGAGUACGGGGCAACAUGUACUCAGUAAGUAUCAAGACUAACUUCGGUGAAGUAGUGACGGGGUUUAAGUCAUAUGAUACUCACUAGUCAAAGAACCUAAUAAUAGGAAAAAAGAAUGCUGAGUUAAUAUGGCUUUAAAAAAUUUCUUUCGGACUAUAGAUAUAGUAAAUUAAGCUUGAGAGAGUAUAUUAGAAUUUUCAAUUGAGAUUUGUAGUAUUAGCAAGAAUUAUAAUUAGGACAAGCUUCCCUUAGCAAAAUCAGCAAUUUAGCUUGGUUCCAUUGAAAGCACCAAUAGAUAUAAGUUAGCUUAAUCUUCCUGACAUUCAGUCCCUUGUUCAAGUGAAGAUCUGUAUAUGGUUGUGUAAUGUACUUAUUGAUUAUGAUUGUGUAAGGAUGUUCAUCUGUAAGUGAAUA